CAUCGGCCACUACCAUGGAAACCGACGAAUGCGCAUUCUGACUUCAGUUCAGCGGACGGUUUCAACCUGUCGAGUCGUGCAGGUGUUGGCAAACGGUUGUUGCCAUCCACGGACCGAUUUCAUCCGCGGAUAUUCCCUCCGGGGAACGAGUUCGCGGAAUAAGUAGACGGAGGAUUCGCGAGGAUCAACGAGGAUCGUCUCGCUCUCUCUCUCUCUCUCUUUCUGUGGCUUCGACCAACCUCUCCUCCCCUCCCUCCCCCCCGUUUUUUCGCCGGUGCCACGGCGGGAAAACGGGCGUGUGUUAAAAACGGGCCGUGUUGGCGUAGAAGGGCUGCGAUUUAUGGAACCACCCCAUGGAUAAUAACAUGUCGACUGCCGCCUUCAUGCACCGGUCGGGUGGUGCAUCCGGCACGGCAAGUGCCGGCAUGGUCCCAUCGACCGGUGGAGGUUCUGGAAAUCCAACAGGAGGCGGCAGGAUGGCCGUGAUCGGUGUGACCAGGAACGUGAGACUGAGACGGCGUGGAGCGUCCGGAUUCGGCUUCUCCCUGCGGGGUGGCAGGGAGUACGCGGCCGGAUUUUACGUGAGCGAUGUGCAGCCGGGUAGCGAGGCUCACAGAAAUGGAUUAAGGGUCGGCGAUCAGAUCAUAAGGGUGAACGGGUAUCCGGUCGAGGACGCUGUCCAUCAGGAAGUCGCGCUUCUGGCAAAAAACCAGCAAGUGCUCGUUCUCAAGAUUCGAAGCGUGGGAAUGAUACCGGUGAAAGAAAUACUUUAUGAUUCGCAAAGCAACCCGAACGAUCCGGUCACUUGGCACAUGGUGCAGCAGCAACAGCAGCAGCUACAGUACAACGAGACUGGUUUGGGUAGCGUACCGAGCACCGAAGUCAGGAUUCGAAUUCUCGUCGGCGAGAAGGGUCGCCUCGGGUGUGGCGUUUGCAGAGGCAUCGUGCCAGGCCUCACCGUUCAGGGUACCAGGGACGACGGGCCAGCGAGGGCAGCGGGGUUAAAAGCCGGCGACGUUAUAAUUUGGUGCAACGGUCAACGGCUCACCGAUCUUCCAUUCGAGAGAGCGAUCGAGGUGAUGAGAAGCUCCGCGGUUCUCGACCUGAUAGUGCAACGACCCACGCCCAAUCACCUUUACGACUGCCCCGAACCGCUCUGGACCCGUGGCUCGAGCGGUUACGACUCUGAAACGUCGAGCGUGGCUGCGGCCAGCCCCCAGCCCCAGCAAAAUCCUUCCUACUCGCCCCAGCAUCACCACGAUCCGAGGAUGCAUCAUCGAUAUCCCCGGGACGAUGCUUACAAUCGAAAUGGAAGGAUCUGUUGCCCGCUCGCUCUGUCCACCAGUAGUUGCAGUUCCGCUGAAUGGCCUCACAUGGAUCAGGCCCAAGAGUGGACGCGUAAGCCAAAUAACACGACGGUGAUCCGUAUAAAUCAGAGCCAGAACCAAAACCAUAGGUAUCCGGCCGGCCGUUUGAACUCGCGUGGAAAUUACGAGGACGACAUCGACAACGAGCCGCUCUACGACCCCGUAGCGCCUAGGAUCGAUUACGAGGUCCACGACUUCGACGCGAAUCCGAGGGACGAAGCGAAUCGCCGCUUGGCUUAUCGAAGGGACAACAUUCGACAGCAGGACGUCAUUUAUGAUGGGCCGGCCGACGACAUUCCUCCCUAUCAUGGAUCCAAAGAGAACGGCGCACAGGAAGGAGAUAGGAAAACGAUAACGACCGUGGAGAUCCACCAAACUGUCUGCCCACCGGCGCCACCGCCUCCUCUUCCUUACAAGUGGUCUGCAGAUACGAAGCCAAUGAACGCGAAGGGUAUGCAAAUGGGCAGCACAAUGUCGAUGGGCAGCACAGGCUCGACCGAGACCGAGUCGAGCCUCGAGUCUUCCUGCAGCAAGGAUUCCGCCUCGACCUCCUCGUCCCUAUCGACGUCCUCCUGCGAGCCACCGUCGACCGUUUCGUUCGGCUCGAUCACUGCCACCUCGGCCAAUAAAACGAACGACACCACGGCACACGCAACGUCCCGUAAUUGCGCCACAAGGACAUCUCCGAUCGCCUGCACCGAUCUCGGCACCGCCAUCACCCAGGAAUUGCAGAGGCGGGCGCAGCAGAGGAACAUGAACAACGCGGCAAAAACGGAAGCAGCGAGGGAGAAGGCCGUGGAACCGCGAAAGCCGCAAAAUCCGGAAGCUCUGAGGGCGCAGGAACAGAAGGUUACGCACGAUAAGUUGAUGGAGGAAUUCAAACGUGCCCACCGAAAGAUGUUCAACACCGCGCAGCAAAAAGUCCAUUUCUCCGAUCAGGUGGCCUCCGACCAGGAACAAGAGAAAAGGGUAUUGAACAACGCGACGUCAACGCCACCAACGAUACCAACACCACCGGCCAUACCUCCUGCGCCUCCUGCGCCGCCGGCGCCUCCUGCACCGCCUACGCCGCCAUCUGCGCCACCGGCUCCGCCACCGCUUCCGCUUCUCACCAAGCCCAAGAGUAUCGAGGAUUCUGUCGAGAUGCAGAGCAUAGAGUCUUUCAAAUUGAAAGAGACGCCGAACCCGGUAAUUCCGAAGCCCCCGCCCACCUAUUUCCCCAUACAAAAUUCCGUGUCCAACGGAAGUCCGCGACACGGGGCCGGAAACAAGGCCCAGGUGAACGGGAAAGAGUCGUCGUGCUCGUCGAGCCCGGUAUCGGAGACGGCGAAAACAGCAGCGCCACCGCUAGCCACGAACGCGCAAAACGUGAAACCAUCGAGCGGAAAGGUGGCCAUUAGGAUAGGCGCGUACGAAGGGGAAGCGAAACAACCGUCUAAACUCGACUUCCUGUCGCAACAGUCUCGCGCAGAUAGAAACGGCACGGACGAAUUGGCGAAUGGGCCGGUCGUGUCCAGAUUGCAGAACGAAUUGGCUGCCACGUUGCAAAGAUCGAACCUAAGAAGAAAGACUGACGGGGUGAGUAGUUUAAUUCUCUCGACCGAGGCGAAAAAUAGUUAAAAAUUUCGAAUAAAGUUUCAUAUAUAAUUACUCGUUAUUAAAAUGCUACGAAUAACGUUUGCUCGUAGUUAUCAUAGUUGAUCCGCUUUUCGUAUCAACGCUUUGGCGCCACUAGUCGUCAGUGAUUAUUAUUAUUAUCGUUUCAAACGAAAAAAUUAUUGAACUAACUUAUCCAAGUAAAUUAUUUUGCCCAUCACUCUGGAUCACGCUCGUGCUUCGAAAUAUUAACCAAUUUCACUUGAAUAAAUCGAAUUAUCUCUCUUUAAUUCAAAUUAUUCUUUUAUCCACACUUUUACGUUAUAUAAUAUUAGAAAGAGAUGUAAAGAAACUUGAUUCGAGUUACGAAAAUAACAAGUUUUUGCUUGUUGUUAUUCUAUUCGUUUA